AUGCAGCUCAUCAACAAGCUCUCCGUUGCUGCCGUUGCGGCUCUUGCGACUCUGGGAAGCGCGCACUCUCACCGCCGCCAUGCGCAUGUCGCGCGCCAGGGCUAUAGCAAUGAGACGAUUAGCCACGCCUAUCCCACCGAGAUGACCGGCUAUCCCACCGGCGGCGAGACCGCUUCGCCCACCGAUAUGACCACCUCUACCAUUUACUCCACCGCGACCUUCACCAUUUCGAGCUGCGCGCCGACUAUUACCAACUGCCCAGCUGGCGCCACCAAGGUUGUCACGAGCGUCAUUGCCGUCUCCACCACUGUCUGCCCCAAGAGCGAGGUUGGCUCUUCGUCCUCUGGUUACGCAGAUUCUUCAUCCUGGGCUUACCCAGACCCGUCGUCCUCCGCCGUCGACCCAGUUGGCACUGGCGUCCACUCCUCUGCGGCUUCCUCCGUGUCGCCAGACGAGACUCCCAUAGCGACUUCAAUCACCAACUCGACUUUGACCUUCACGCUCGGCGCUGGCUCGUCCACCACCGUCAUCACCACCACGAUCAGGCGCACCUCGACUCAAUACGCCACCAAGACCAUCAUUAUGACCCGCCCCACCUCCGACGCCAAUGCCACUGAGACCGAUCCAGCCGCCACAGAAUCAGCCGCGGAGCCCACGACCACCAUCUCGCGGACCUCAACCCUCACCCGCGUCGUCACCGUCUACCCAGUCCCCGCCGAAUCGUCCAGCAUCGGCACCGUCAAGGAGGCCGACGUCACCUCCUCGGCCGCCUACCCCGACACCACCGGCAUGCCCGGCUACGGCGAGGGCCCCAGCAGCACUGAGGGUAGCGGCAACGGCGGCAGCAGCACCGGCCUCCCUGGUUAUGGCGAGGGCCCCAGCCCCAGCAGCACCGAAGGCAGCGGAAAUGGUGGCAGCAGCACCGAGGGCGGCAGCUGCGUCCCGACCACCGUUACUAUCACAGAGCAGAAACUCGUUACCGUCACCGCAACCCCGACCCCAACACACGUCGAGAAUCCAAUCCAGUCCUCCAGCUCGGCCUACUACCCCUACCCGUCCUCCGCCGCCGGCAACGGCACGGAUGCGUAUCCGACUGGGGUUGCGAGUACGGGGUUCGUGACGAUGUCGAGGCCGGUGCGCCCGACGGGGUAUGGAAAUGGCAGGGGCAACGGCAGGGGGUAUGGCAAGGGAGGGAAGUAUGACUACUAG